GGGAUCUUUCGGGAAUCUAAACAGCUGUUUGCCGAUGCUGGUUGAGUUAGAACAGUUAGGAGCAGAGCAGCCGCCCAUUGCACACAGACACAAUAUUCACAAUAUUACACAAUUCCUGCUGCUUCUUAUCUUCCCCUUAAGGGUUAUACAAGUCGAUGUUUUCACCAGACUUGAAGCUGUAGCUCCAAAACAAAAAGACUGCUAUUCGGCGAAAGUAUUCUGGCGUGUUAAAAACAAAUUAUUCCUCUUUUGAGUAAAUGUUUCUGACUUUGUUUGAGCCAAAAUGGCGACCUAAGCUUGGCGACGUAAUAUAGUCGUCCUCGUCAAGCGCCUGAACAAAACACAAAGCGCACGUACAAUUGUGGAGAAUCUACUCAACACAUACUGAUUUAAUAGUAACAGUAAUUAGGAAAUGGGUAUUAAAAUUUAAAUGGAGUAUGAAUUUGAGGGUUUAUUUGGAGAUUCUUAAACCGGGGAAAACAGGCUAGGUGUUGUCUGCCACUCCACUCACAGGACCCCGUGGAGCGCUGCUCGUGUGCCCAUGCUUUCAUUCGCUCCGUCUAAAAAGAUGAUUAAUUCUCACACAAUCCUCACAUUUUACAACACAACACACACAUCGCGCCGUGUCACCUCUUAGUAAAUCAGCUACCUGAGCCGCGCAAGUUCAAGCUUCGUCGUAGACUUUCCCCCGCCGCCUCUCGUUAUGACGUCAUCGUUUGUGGUGCCGGUCAUUGACGUCCAGCAUGACAACUUCAAAGAACUCUGGCCCGCUAUGGUGGUGGCUAUGACGUCAUCAUCUUUUCUUGCUCUUGACACGGAGCUGAGUGGUCUUGGGAACAGGACGUCAUUGCUUGCUGCGUGUAUAGAAGACAGGUACAAAGCCAUAUGCCAUGCAGCACGCUCUCGCUCCAUCCUCUCCCUGGGACUCGCCUGCUACAAGAAACUCGGCGACCAGUCUGCAGACACGUACCUGGUCCAGGUGUACAACCUCACCCUGCUUUGUUCAGAGGAGUACAUCAUAGAGCCCCAGUCAGUGCAGUUCCUGGUGCAGCACGGCUUUGACUUCAACAAACAGUACGCUCAGGGCAUACCCUAUCACAAGGGGAACGACAAGGGAGGCUCAGACAACCAGGGUGUUCAUAUCCGGGCUUUAUUUACGGAGCUAUUGCGUGCAAGGAAGCCCUUGGUGCUCCACAACGGCCUGAUUGACAUCGCUUUCCUGUACCAGAACUUUUAUGCACAUCUUCCAGACCGAUUAGCCACCUUCACGGCCGACCUGUCCGAGAUGUUCCCGGCAGGCGUCUUCGACACUAAAUACGUGACAGAGUUUGACCUCCGCCUCAGCGCCUCCUACCUGGAGUAUGCCUACAAGAAAUGUAAGCUGGACAACAGCCGCAAGGAGUCCUCCGGCGGGACCGGCCGUCACGUCCACCUCCAGUUCUGUCAGUAUGCCGGUGCCAUGUCCCGCUAUGUGGACCAUAGGGCCUGCCCGGCUGUCGCUCCUCAUCAGGUGCAGGCUGACAUCUGCCACAACUUCUCUGCGUUCGGUUGGUGUUCAAAAGGCACCAAGUGUCCCUUGUCCCACGACACAGACCUCAUCAUUCUCCAAGACGAUAAUUCCAGGACGGAGAAGAGGAAAAAGAGGAAGCGUCUUCGGAAGAAGAAGAAAGGAGGAGAAGAAGAAGAAGACCCUGCGGCGCUGGAAGGUGCUCCUCGAGACAAAAAGCCUCACUUGGACCCUGGGAAGAUGAUUGACAACCAUAAGGAGGAGACCCCAGACCCAAACACACCACUGCAUGAUGGAGACGCCAUGAAAACUCUGCAUGAUGGAGACGCCAUGAAAACUCUGCAUGAUGGAGAAGACGUGAAAACUCUGCAUGAUGGAGAAGAAGACAUGAAAACUCUGCACGAUGGAGAAGACAUGAAAACUCUGCAUGAUGGAGAAGAAGACAUGAAAACUCUGCAUGAUGGAGAAGACAUGAAAACUCUGCAUGAUGGAGAAGAAGACAUGAAAACUCUGCACGAUGGAGAAGAAGACAUGAAUGGAGACGCCAUGAAAGCAGACCUCAAAGUGUGCGAGGACACCACGGAAUCGGCAAAAAAGACCACAAGAUGCGACAAGAAGGUGGAGUCAGGUUCCCACCGAGCAGGGUUCGAUGCCUUCAUGACGGGGUACAUCUUCGCCUACUCCUGCGUCACCGUGCAGCAGGCGGACGCCGACGCCAGCGACGAGGAGCGGGCGUGGCUCCCCGACUCCCUCAACAAGAUCUACCUCAGCGGCAAGGCGGCCCCUCUGAACAUAGUCAAGAGCACCUUCUCCAAGUCCUCCAAGGCCCAUGUGCAGAAGAUGGCGCUGGUGUGGGCCGACAAGCGGGGGCAGCAUUGUAGUGUUGACACUACAAUGACUCUACAACACUACAAAGAACUGCUCACCCCCAAAUCCUCCACACGACUCCAGACAGACUAACCUCCGAGGACAAAGCUCCGAACUAUGGGAGACCAGGCUUUCUGCUCCGCCGCUCCCAGUCUGUGGAACGCUCUCCCUGACCACCUGAGGGCACCACAGACUGUGGAUGCUUUUAAAAAAGGCUUAAAAACUCUUCUUUUUAAAAAA